AUGGGCGACUCGCACGAGUCCACUGCGCCUCUCGAGACCCUGCUCGAGCGCGAGGAGCAGGCGCGCCCCGCCUCCAGCCAUCCCGCGGAAAUGGAUCCGCAAGCGCUCCACACCACCACCGACCCGAACACCUCCGCCAACCCGCGUGAAGCGCCGCCCGCCCCCCCCAUAAGCCACACAGGGAUGGAGGGAUGGAAACGCGACCUCACGGAAGAGGGAAUCGAACCCAACCCCGGCCCGCGGUAUGUCACGAAAAAUAUGUAUGUAACUAGUGAGACGACUCGAGAUUGGUUCGAGAUUGGGGCAGAGCGAGUGGGAGACUUUUCGGCGGUCGAAAUGCGGCGGUUUGGAUGCGUCCCCUUUGGGACGACCUGUUGGUACGACCUGUGGGACGACCUGUGGCAGCGACCGAUGCCGUCACCGGACGCGGCGGCGAGGCACACGGGCGCCGGCGUGGCGCGUCGGCAGGCCCACCACGAGCGGAUGCGCGACGAGCGCGCUCGGGAAGCGGCCGCGGGCGACGCGGAGCUUCCGCCGGAGGACGACGCGGUCGAGAUGGCGAGCGCCGCCCAGCUGCUGGACAGCGUGGCGGAGGUGGGCCCGAACUACACCCUGCUGCGCAGCAAGGAGACGAAGGCGAAGCGGCGGAAGCGACAGCGCGAGGAUGCCAGGGCGGCGCUCGACGGCCACACUGUCCUGUCCACCGGAUCGCGCCUCGAGAUCUUCUGCGACAGUGAGCGGUGGUACCCUGCGACCGUCAUGGCGCGGGAGGAGGACGGGGACGGACGGAUCGCGCACCAGGUCGAGUACGACGGCUACCCGGAUCGGCGGUGGUGGCACAUGCUGGACGACGAGCGCGCGCUGGCGGACGCCCUCGAGGCGGAGGAUGACGAGCGGCAGGAGGAGGCCGCGUGCGGCGAUUAA